AUGGCAGACGAGAUCGUCGCUCCCGUGAGGAACAUCCUUAAGGCCUUCGAGCUCGGCAUCAAGUUAGCAAACAAAGUUUCCAAAUCUGCGAGCGACACAUCUGCUGCACAAGCACUGCAGAUUACCGAAUCGUCCCAGAGUCUGCAGAGAUCUCUGGAUAGAAGCUCGCAUACUAUCAGUGAUUCAUACAAACAAUAUGUCGCAUCAUGCGGAGAGCGGUUCGGUAAGGCUCUGCAGAACGACGAUGAACUUAAACAACGGUUGAAGGAUCUACGAUCAGAUGUGAGGGAUCGGAUUGACGAAUGCGAAGAUUUCGAGGAUGACCCCGGAUCCUUCAAGGCUGCAGCCUUCAGCAGCAUCGAACGAGAAGCACAGAACUGUGCCGACCAAUGCGUCGCUAUAUUCCACAAUGUCAAGGAUAGUGUUGGUCUGGCUGCAAACCAGAAGACUACAAUGGCUUCCUCGCCCAAGGAUGAUCGAUCAUUCUUGACUAGCAUGAGACCGAGGGGACCUAGCAUCAAUCUGCCUUUACCACCAAGCCCGAAUCAAUUGCCUCCAGCUACAUCCCAGAAGGCUCCAUCACACAACGAUGAUAGAGCUACCAUGGUUAGCAUGAGGGAUCCUAGCAUGGUUCUUCCUUCACCAAGCCAGUAUCAAUUGCCAAUUCCAGCUACAUCCCAGUACCCCACGCUGGUGUCAACACAUAAGAAUGAUAGAUCAACCGUGAGUAGCAUGGUUAAGCCUUCACCAGGCCAGCAUCAACUGCCAACCCCAGCUCCAUCUCCACAAGAAAAUCAACCCUAUCUGGAAAUCUCUCCUGCUGAACCUGUCAAGCCGAAGAGUCCUUGGUCCAUUGAAAGCCCUUCUCAAUUCGACCUGGGAGCCCAUAUGAAUCCUCCGGCAAGAUCACCCAAAAGAUCCUCUCGCGAGGUUUCUCCAGGAACCGCAACCGAUGCUCAGGGUCGUUUAAUCUCAAGUCAAGUCGUUCAAAGCCGUGUCAGAGCCAAUGACGAAUUCCUAGCCCGCAGAAGAGAUUCACGACUGAUGUUUGAAAAAGAAUUCCGACAUUCCAUUUCAUCAAUCGACGAACACAGAGUCAGUGAGAUUUACACCUCCAGUCCAAUUCUCACACCCGUCUCCGCUACAGGAGGCAUGCCAAUCAGCCCAAUUGACGGUCGAACAUCAAGAUCUAGUGAUUAUCAAACAAUGAUGACUCGACAGAGAAGCCAAGGUGGAGCUUCACAAGCCAAUCGAAGCUCAAUUGCCAGCUCAAAUUUCCAAGAACGGCCAGCAGCUCGAAGACACGAUAGCGAGGAUGACUCCAUUUUCGGCCUACGAGUAUCAGCACCGCUGAGUCCACCUCUCAGUGAGCACCGUUCUUCUGGAGGUCUUGAGGCUAUCGCUACAACCUUGAAACUACCUGAUUUUGGAGAAGGCGUUGAGCAAGGACUUGAGGUCGUUGAUACUACCAAUUAUUCCGAAGGACUAAUUCCUGUCGAUGACGACUUUGACAAUACUCCACACACCAAUGAACCAACUGUUGCUGUACCUACAGCAUCAGUGAGAUCUAUUGACCAUCCAAUGCGACACGAUGACUCAUUCUUCAAAUUUGGAGGUUUCUGUGAGGGUGCGAGAGCCCUCAUCAGAGGCGAGACUGGAUUCAAGAUCUACAAGAGACCAGCAGGACAUUAUAGUGCCACUGUCUCAGCCAAAUGUAUCAAAUGCUCUUAUGAAGUCGGUUGGAAUGAUAUCGAGAAAGAUAGAUUGUUGGAUCGUGCUGGUAUCUAUGGAAACUCUGGUAUCCGAUUCCGACAAAGAUUCAUAUCGAAAUGCCAUCUCAAGACAAAGUCAAUCGAGGAGUCUUGCUAUGCGUGCCUUUUCUGCAUCGAAGAACACAAGACGGUCGAAGAGCACGAUGCUACUAUCUUCUUCUCAGUAGCCCAACUAUUCCGACAUCUCGCAACACAUCCUCGGCCUUUGCCUAAAGUGGCUGGUAUCAUCAUGAUGUAUGGUCCACAACCUCCUGAAGCAAUUGAUUUCGACAUACAUUUCCCCAAUCCCGAACCAAUCCCACACGUCUUCAAUAUCAAGGAAAUUGCUCAGAAAGUGGCUGUUCGACCAACUGCUACUGCUGUCGUCACCCACCACCCAAAGAUAUCACACAGUGGCUUCCGUGACCCUGCUGGAGAUAAUGCCAUGCAUUUUGCAGCUGGUGCUAAGAUCGUUGGAGUUACUUUUCCAACACAAUUCGGUGGGACUUGGUGUAUGGGAUACCAUGAUGGUAUAAGAGGAGCAUUUCCUGCAUCUACAGUCACACUUGACUUACCAGCAAGAGAGGAUCUACUUAUGAACCAAUCGAGUCCACUUGUUGCGACCGCCAAAUGGGAUUUCAAACCCAAAGACGCCAAGGAUACCACUCGUGGCUGGUUGAAGUUCAGCAAAGGGGAGUGGAUCACCAAUAUCGGCUACACAUUCCAAGAUCAAUGGUGCUGGUCUGGAUGCACGAAUAAAGGAAAAAACUGGGGUGUAUUCCCGCAAUCUUUCGUCGAAAAUCUACAUGAAGGUGGUCCCCUGUCUUCGAGUCCGAGCGUGAGGAAUAGAUUCGGAUUGAAGGGAAGGAUGCCGAGUAUGCCAAUUGGAAGAAGUCCAACAUCGAACACGCCGAUGCAUGGACGGCAACCGAGUGUGAGGAGCACGAGUAGUAAUGGGAGUGGUAAUAUGGUGCAGCAUCAAUCUGGGUUGGAGGUGGUGCAGAGUCCGAUUCAUGCCUCUCCUGGAAGUAGCUGGAGGAGAUGA